AUGUUUACUUCUGAUGAAUGGACCUUGAACAAGCUAUCUAAGGAGCCUAAGGGAAAAGAAGCUGCAAAGGUAGUGCUCAUGCCUUCUUUUUGGAAUAGUGUGGUUUACACUCUUAAAGUCAUGGCUCCACUUGUGAAAGUGCUUCGUCUUGUGGAUGGUGAAAGGAAACCAGCCAUGGGCUAUAUUUAUGAAGCAAUGGACAAGGCAAAAGAAACAAUUAUGAAGUCUUUCAACAACAAUGAAAGCAAGUACAAAGAUGUGUUUGAAAUCAUUGAUAAAAGAUGGAAUUGUCAGCUUCAUAGGCCAUUGCAUGCAGCUGCCCACUUCUUAAAUCCAGAGUUCUUUUAUGACAACACUGACUUAGAGUUUGAUUUUGAGGUCACCAAUGGUUUGUUUGAGUGCAUUAAGAAGUUGAUUCCACAAUUUGAUGUGCAACAGAAAAUUCUAACCGAGUUGCAUCUUUACAAGAUUGGUGCUGACCACUUUGGUUCCGACUUUGCAAUGGCUCAAAGGAAAACUCAUUCUCCUACAUAUUGGUGGCGAAUGUUUGGGUCACAAACUCCAAAUUUGCAGAAGCUGACUAUUAAGAUUUUGAGUUUGACUUGCAGUGCUUCAAGAUGUGAAAGAAAUUAG